AUGGCGACGUUCCCUGAACUUCUGCGGCCCCUCAAAUUGGGGCGCUACACACUUCGUAAUCGGAUUAUUAUGGCUCCCUUGACGCGUUGCCAGGCAACAGAAGAUGGUCAUGUACCAAGGACGGAAUCGAUGCUGAAGUACUACGAAGACCGGGCAUCUGCAGGUCUUAUCAUUGCCGAGGCGACGAUGGUCCAGCCAAACUACACUGGGUUUCUCACGGAGCCUGGCAUUUACUCCGAUGCGCAGAUUGAGGAGUGGAGAAAGAUCGUGGACGCGGUACACAAAAAGGGUGGCCUUAUAUUCCUGCAACUCAUUCACGCUGGUCGAGCCGGGAUUCCGGAGAAGAUCCUUCAGCAGUCGAAGAGUGACCAGGAUCCCCUUGCUGGGCGCCUGCUUGCCCCGAGUGCCAUUCCCAUUAAGGACCAUCGGAUUCCUGCCUAUUUUGCUGCGAGCGGAGAAAAGGAGACCUACGGUGUCCCAGAGGAGCUCACGGAUGACGAAGUCCGGGACGGUAUCAUCCCAUUGUUUGUGGAGGGGGCCAAAAACGCCAUCUUUAAGGCUGGGUUUGAUGGCGUUGAGAUUCAUGGAGCCAACGGCUACUUACUGGACGCCUUUUUUCGCGAAUCUUCCAACAAGCGCCAGUCCGGUCCGUACGCCGGAACGACCAUCGACACACGAUGCCAACUCAUCUACGAUGUCACCAAAAGCGUCUGCGAUGCCGUGGGAAGUGACCGUGUGGGGCUCCGCAUAUCCCCACUAAAUGGCGUGCAUGGGAUGAUUGACUCGAACCCGGAGGCACUAACCAAGCAUCUAUGCAAGAAAAUUGAGCCACUUUCGCUUGCCUAUCUGCAUUACUUGCGCGGCGACAUGGUCAACCAGCAGAUUGGUGACGUUGUGGCGUGGGUUCGUGGAAGUUACAGCGGUGUAAAAAUAUCCAACUUGCGCUACGAUUUCGAAGAGGCAGACCAGCAAAUACGGGAAGGAAAAGUCGACGCCGUGGCUUUUGGCGCCAAGUUCAUUGCGAACCCCGAUCUCGUUGAAAGGGCCCAACACAACUGGCCCCUCAACGAGCCGCGACCAGAAACAUACUACACAAGAACAGCAGUCGGAUACAACGAUUACCCGACGUACAACAAAUAA